AUUUUUGUUUUUGUUUGUUAUGUUGUUGCUUAUUUGUUUAAUAGUUUUGAUGCUCGCCUAAUUUUUUACAAUAUACAUUGAUUUUGAAUUGUUUCGAAAAAUGGAACUGGAAUUAAUAAUUUUUUAAAUUUAUUUGGUGGAUAUAUACAAAUUUGGAAGUGACAAAAAGUGGCAAAGAAAUGAACAUUUCUAUAAUAGUCACAGACUGAUUAAAGUGAAAUCAAAAAAUAUGUAAUUAGUAUAUUUAAUUAUACAGGCUGAACGGGUUGAACUAAAUAAUUCAAAUAAUUCUUAAAAAAGAUUGAAUUCUGAAAUUCAUGAAAAACUAGCUAAUUUCAUCCUGAUGUCAAUUGUCAUAUUGUAAUAUAUGAUAGCUUGUCAAACGUCAACGUCGUCAGUCGUCAACAUCAAUUUCAAGUUUCAAGAAAAAGCAAAUCACUACGACUUGCCGGAUUUUGUAGUAGUGUUAAUUUUGUAUUAAAAAAUCAAAAUGAGUUCUAUUGGAACUGGGUACGAUUUAUCAGCUUCCCAAUUCUCUCCUGAUGGAAGAGUAUUUCAAGUUGAAUAUGCAAUGAAAGCAGUUGAAAAUAGUGGCACCGUAAUAGGCCUCCGAGGUACAGAUGGCAUUGUAUUGGCUGCUGAAAAGCUCAUUAUGUCAAAAUUGCAUGAACCAAGUACAAAUAAACGAAUUUUCAACAUUGAUAAACACAUAGGAAUGGCAUUUUCAGGCUUAAUAGCUGAUGCAAGGCAAAUCGUUGAGAUUGCUAGAAAAGAAGCAUCAAAUUAUAGACAUCAAUAUGGUUCAAAUAUUCCUCUUAAAUACCUAAAUGAUAGAGUAAGCAUGUACAUGCAUGCAUACACUUUAUACAGUGCUGUUAGACCAUUUGGUUGCAGUGUCAUCUUGGCCAGUUAUGAAGAUAGUGACCCAUCUAUGUAUCUGAUUGAUCCAUCUGGAGUUAGCUAUGGAUACUUUGGAUGUGCUACAGGUAAAGCAAAACAGUCUGCAAAGACUGAAAUAGAAAAAUUGAAGAUGGGGAAUCUAACAUGCAAAGAACUUGUUAAAGAAGCAGCCAAAAUCAUUUAUUUGGUCCAUGAUGAGCUGAAGGAUAAGAAUUUUGAACUGGAACUUUCAUGGGUAUGCAAAGAUACGAAUGGUUUACAUACCAAAGUGCCUGAAUCAGUGUUUGCUGAUGCAGAAAAAGCUGCCAAACAAGCAAUGGAAGCAGAUUCAGAAUCAGAUACAGAAGAUAUGUAAUAACUACAUUUAGUUUUUAAUAUUUCGCUGAUGGUGGCUGUUCUUACAAUAUUUCGUGUGUUAUGUUCAUAUAUUAUGUAAUACUGUGAGAAUUUCCAUUUCAAGGAUAGGUUUAUAACUUUUUUUUCUAAUAAAUACAUAACUUUA